AUGAAUGCCAAGAUAUCAGACUUUGGAAUGGCAAGAUUAUUUGUAAUGGAUCAAACUCAAGCCAAAACAGAUAAUAUUGUUGGCACCUAUGGAUAUAUAGCAUCAGGAUAUGCAAAGCAUGGAAGAUUUUCGAUGAAGUCGGAUAUCUUUAGUUUUGGAGUACUGAUUUUAGAAAUUAUAAGCGGCAAGAGAAACAGUGAAUAUGAAGACUGGGAAGAUCUAGAGCAUACAGGAAGCGCAGCUUGGAAAAGGUGGAGAAAAGGGACAUUGUCAAGUAUUAUAGACCCCAGGCUGAUUGAAGAAGGUGGUUCUUCAAGAAAUGAGAUACUUAGAGGCAUCCAAAUAGGGUUAUUGUGUGUUCAAGAGAAGGCAAGUGAUAGGCCAACAAUGGACACUAUUGUAGCAAUGUUGAGUGCUUAUUCAUUCUCUCUACCCAUUCCUCUGCAACCCUCCUUUUAUAUCCAGGGAGGCUUACCAGAUGAUGUUGUUAUUAGAUCUUCAUCAUCGUCUCAAGAAGAUCAGUCAGCAGUUGAAGCUUCAAGAAAUGAACUCUCAAUUUCAGAACAAUAA